AGAUGGUGCGCGAAUUUUCCUGUGUACGGAUGUAUCCCUAACCUACGAUGUUGGAUUAUGUGUUGUUUACUUGACUGGAAUCGGAUUUACAUAAAAAGUUUUCAUGUUGGAAAAGGAUCUUCGGUCAUUGAAAAAAUCUACCUGUCAGCCAUGGUCCAAGUCCCUGACCACUACAGCGUCCCUCAGGAGUCACUCAGGUGAUACUCUCAACAUGAGGCUCAGAUACGCCCUCAUCUUCCUCACUGCUCUCGCAAUUGUAACAGUCCAUCAUGUCCAGAAGGAGUUCUUUGGGCCUCGAUUGGAAUCCAUGGUCGUAUACAAGGACUUCUACGCAGACGAAAGAGAUCCCGAGGUGACCUGUCAGUUUCCGAUAUUACAUCCAUUCGAUGAAUCAAUCCUUCCGCUAGUCAAGAUAGCUAAGCCCAUCAGUUGUUUUGCGAGAAGCAACAUCUUAACUUUGAUGGAUGAGGAAGGCUACUUGCGUUUCAACAAGACUGGGUUGGGUGAGGCUGGAUAUGACGAAGAAUCACCACCUUACUGUUUUUAUCAGGAGAUAUUCAGGCCUCCUGAGGAUGAUUUUAAAGUCAUAUACGGCAAGCAAAUACAGAUGUCUGGUCGAGACAGACCUCGCUCCGAUUUUAUCUACGUAGAAUGUCAAAACUUUGCAGGUUUCCGCACAUACUCCAAUUUUCACGCUUUCGCUCAACGCAACGAGACUGUCCGGAGAUUUAGGAACGACAGGGAGCUGAGUGUGGCUGUUAUCGGAAUUGAUUCCAUGUCUCGGCUCAACUUCAUGCGUCAACUGCCGCAGUCUUAUCGCUUCAUCACAGACACGCUGCAAGGGACAGUGCUGCUUGGCUUCAACAAGGUGGGGGAGAAUACAUUCCCAAACCUCAUACCUAUGUUGACCGGUCGACCUUGCGCGUGGGGCGAGUUUUACUACUACCAGCACUGGCCUCUUGUUUGGGGUCAAUUUGAAGCCGAAGGAGCUGCUACAAUGUAUUCUGAGGACUUGCCACAGUUCAAUAUGUUUGACUACGUUUCUACAGGCCUUAAGCAACAGCCCACACUUCACUACAUGAGAACAUUCUGGCUGGCUAUUGAGGAGUCCCUGCUCUAUCGCAUGUCUUCUACAUAUUGCCUUGGUCCAAAACCCAAACACAUUGUUUACUUUGAGUAUCUCCGCUCUUUCUUACAAGUCUAUAGAGAUUCACCAGCCUUCUUGUUUUCAUUGUUCAAUGAAGCAAGUCAUGAUUACGUCAACACCGUUGGGGCUAUAGACGAAGACCUGAAAGACUUUUUGAGCUCCAGUUUUGAGGAGGGCUUGUUCAACCGCACGGUGGUGCUGAUUUUGGGUGACCAUGGUAACAGAAUCGACUCAAUCCGCCUCACAGAUGUAGGCAGGGUUGAGGAUAGAAUGCCAAUGGUGUCUGUUGUGUUGCCACCGUGGACAAAGAAGGUGUAUCCGGAAUGGCAUGAAGCACUCAAGAAAAACAGCAAGAGGCUCUUAUCUAGUUACGAUAUUCACGGUACGUUCCUUGAUGUUUUAUCAACACUGACAGAUUCGGUGCCUAACAUUUACGAGUUUGAAAAACUGAAAAAGACUGGGCUGAAUAUCCGAUGGGCAAAACACUUCAGUCAGAAGAGUCCUGAGAUGUCCUUCUUCCGAGAAGUUCCUACGACAAGAGAGUGUACUGAAGCUGGAAUACCCGAUUGGUUCUGCGUUUGUCAGACUGAUCAGGAGAAACUCAGCACGGAUGAUCGGAGAAGUGUUGAAGCAGCUAAAGCCGUCGUUAAACACUUCAACAACGAUUUGCUCGACGGACUCGUAGAGUGUGCGACUCAAGAGUUAACUAAGGUGGAAUCAGCAGUGUUGACUAGGAGCAAACGACACCCAAGUGAAUACCAAGUGCAGGUUAUGUUCCGGACACAGCCAGGUGAUGGGGUGUUUGAGGCGAGUGUAGACGUGCGAACGGUUGAUGGUACGGAGGUACGUCAAGUGGUGGGGGAACUGUUGCGGAUCAACAGAUACGGGUCACAAGCGGAUUGUUUGCCCCCCGCGGUGAGAGCAAACUCUACAAUACUGCGGGGGGUGUGCUACUGCACAUAAUGCAUUCCAGCAUUGUCCUGUUUAAUGUACAUGUAGGUUUAGUAUAGAUUUAAAGAGUGAUUUUAAUUUGUAAGAAACCUAUUAUUAUUUUAAGUUUUUUUCAACAUAGGCUAUAUCAAGGAACUACAAAUCAAACUUGCUGUAAGACAAAGUAAAACUUAUUAUUUUGUUAAAAAGCACUACCUUUAACUUACAUUUGUCACCUAUUGUUAUGUUUAUGUUUAUAUGUUAAGUUUUUGUACUUGAUACCUACUGUGUUUUUAAGACUGUGUUUUUUUCUCCAUGGUGUAUGUUGAAUCACAUAAUUAAAUUAACACAUACACUAAGGCCCGGUUUCCCCAAAAUGGUGUAAACUACGUUUAUAAUAAACUAGUUUAUUUUUAAACUCCGUUUAAAAUGUGUGUUCGGUUUCUCCAACAUUUUACUGUCUUCGUUCAAGAUAAACGGCAAUUCGAGCGGUUGGCAAUCCUGAAUGUGUAUUUGUAAGGAAUCUUUGGUGGGCUUUGGGCUAGUGCUUCCUACAACCACCACAACGCUGCGCUACAACUCAGUAGAACAGCAAAGUGCGAAUGCAGCUAGAAUAGCAUCACUGUUUAAGGUUAUGUUAUCAAGUUAUUAUAAGUUGUUGUCAAAUUCAGAUUCAUUCCAUUUAUUGAAAUGGUCAAUUCUGUCCCUUAUUUUAGUAGGCCCUCUUGUUCUAGGUACUAAAGUGUCAUAAUCUUCAUCUUCGUAAAUGUAUAUUAAA